AUCCAGCAAAAGGCGCUCUUUCUCUUAUCGAAGGGCGGGGACUUUGCUGUUCAAAACACGAAUGUUCCUUCUCCCGGCCCCGGCGAGGUUCUUGUCCGACUGGAAGCGGCGGCGCUCAAUCCUGUCGACUGGAAGAUAAGGGCCCCUGGCGUCUACCAGAACUUCAUCCAGUACCCAGGGAUCCUGGGAUCGGAUGGCGCCGGCGUCGUGGAGCAAGUCGGCGAAGGCGUGGCUCACUUGCAGGAGGGGGAUAAGCUUUUGUUCCAGGGCCAAUUCAAGAAGGAGUACGGCACAUUCCAGCAGUACGCGCUGGUCUCCGCCGAGCAUGCGGCGAAGAUCCCUGAGAACGUGACUAUCGACGAGGCCGCGUCCGUCCCGCUCGGGCUCUCAACGGCCUUCCUUGGCCUGUACAAGAAGGCAGGCGAUCGUGGUGGCGCGGAGCUGACCCCGUUCUGGCAGUCGUCUACCGCCUAUGCAGGGCAACCGUUUGUCGCGAUAGGCGGUGCGACCGCUGUUGGCCAAUACGCUAUCCAGCUCGCGCGGUUAUCGGGCUUUUCCCCGAUCAUAACCACCGCAUCCGAGAAACACGCAGGCUUCCUGCGAUCUCUCGGGGCCACACAUAUCCUUCCGCGCUCGCUCUCCGAUGAUGCUCUUGCCACCGAAAUCCGCAAGAUCACGCCGGACCCGCUCAAGAUCGUUUUCGAGGCCGUCAGCGUCGCUAGUACACAGAAGACCGGCUGGUCGCUCCUCGCUCCAGGCGGGACACUCGUCGUGCUUUUGCCACCCGUCGAAGGCAUCGUGGAUGGCGAGGACGGAAAGCGGAUUGUCGCGCCGGCAGGAAACGUGCACAUCCUGGGUCAGAAGGAGCUAGGGCGCGAGCUGUACAAGCACCUUGGCCAGCUGCUUCAGGAUGGCUCUAUCAAGCCGAAUCGCGUGGAAGUGCUGCCUGGUGGUCUUGCGGCUAUUCCGGGCGGGCUCGACCUGUUGCAACAGGGCAAGGUCAGCGGCGUGAAACUGAUUGUACAUCCUCAGGAGACAGCAUAAGUGGUUCCGUCACUGUGUUCUUU